GAGCUGAUUCAGAGAACUUGGUAAAAAUUUGCUCCACCUAAACUCAGUAAAGAGCAGGCUGACUCAGAGGCAUCAGGAGCUGUAGGAAAUCCAGUGGCAUCCCACGAUCAGACACUGAGAGCUCUGCUCCAGCAUCUUCUGGAAGUGUUUCCAUGACACUGGAUUUUUGCAAUCUGCUCCUCAUCGAUGUGUAUUGGCCCUCAUUAAUGUCCCAUCAUGUUAUCUCCACGGGCUUUCCUCUUGCUCUGGAACUUUGCAAAUCUUCUUUUAUUGGCUUUGAGUCAGAAUGGGAUCACCGCAUUGCCCGUUUUGAAGUCUCCUGAAUCUGUCAGUGUGACAGCAGAUUCUGCUCAGACCCCAUCUCAUGCCCAAAUGAUAUAUCCGUUGAUGGCUUCCUCAAGUUCAGAUUCAUUGAUCCCUCCUGUGAGCGCUUCCAGCCUACGUAGCUUUGUCCAAACUGAGCAAGAUGUCUACAUCAGCAAGAAAGUGAUAUCUUCGACUGCUGGUGAGUUCAUGCCCUUGCAACAACUCAGCAAGAGUACAGCCAUCCCACAAAUCUUCACUCAGAGCUCUUCAUCAGGCAGCAUUGCGGCCACCUCCUCAAUCAUUCAACCAAGCCAGUCAGCAACUCUGUCCCGUUCCUCCACAAUCUUCGAAUCUUCAACUCCGUCCCGGUCCUCCACAAUCUUCGAAUCUUCAACUCCAUCCAGUCCCUCCACAAUCUUCGAAUCUUCAACUCCGUCCAGUCCCUCCACAAUCUUCGAAUCUUCAACUCAGUCCAGUGCCCCCACAGUCUUUGAAUCUUCAACUCAGUCCAGUCCCUCCACAGUCUCCAAAUCUUCAACCAGUCACCGCCCGGUCUUCGAUUCCAGCCAAACCUCUGCUGCCAGUUCAACGACUUUGCUGUCUGUCCCUCCGUCUGCGCAAUCGGGAGGCUUCAAUCCGUAUAUAGUCAUCAUCGUGAUAUUGAUCCUCGCUGUCAUUUUCAUUGUCUUCAUCAUCAUCUGCCUGGCCCGGAAGAAGAGGAGAAACUCGCAGACCUUUGUGCCCCAGCCAGGGAAGAAGAAGGGCAAAUUGGAUGAUAACUGGGCAGGAACAGUCACACUCCCUGAGGAUGGAGAGCUGAAUGAGGCGACUGAGGACAAGAAAGAUGAGGAUUUGAGCUCCAAACACCUUUCCCUGACGACUUUCAAGAGGAAGUCUGAGGUCCCGACGUCGUUGCUUUUCCGGGGAUUGGAUGUGGAAAAGGGUCCGGAUGCGGAACCAGAUGUGCGGGAGCCUCUCCUAUCCAAUGGCCUGAGCUCAGGAAGCCCAGCUCCCCAGGACGCUGGAGCUCCAGGACUCCCCUCUUCUCCAGCCCCGUUGGAGCUGAACGGCACAGUCUCUGAGUCCAGGAGUGAGAAUGAUAUGGCUCCAGUGGAUGAGGUGGCUCCCCUUGCACCUCUCCCUGACACCUCCCAGGGGGUGGUCCCAGAGUCAGAGGCUCCUAAGACUGCCUUCUGACAGACUCAUUCCUCUGUGUGCUUUCUGUUUUCUUCAACAACGCAUUUCCAUCUCCCCACGCCUGACAAAAGCUGACACCAGAACCCUGUCCACCUGCUCGGCAACAGAGGGUCUCCUCAAGAACAUGCCUUCAACUUCAUGCAGUACAGUCUUGAUGGGCUGAAUGGCUUCCUCCUGUAUCUGUGUAACAGCCUCGAGAAGGGGGCUGAAUGCCUCCUCCUGUUCCUGUGUAACAGGUUUGAGAAGAGGGCUGAAAAGCCUCCUCCUGUUCCGACGUAACAGGUUCGAGUGGGGGCUGAAUGGCCUCCUGUUCCUGUGUAACAGCCUUGAGGAGGGGGCUGAAUGGCCUGUUCCUGUGUAACAGCCUUGAGGAGGGGGCUGAAUGGCCUUCUCCUGUCGCUCUGCUUCUUCUUUAGUUUCUGUUUCCAUUUUCUGGAUUUUCUCUUGUCAGACAGAAAUUGAAUUUUUUGC